AGUGAUGGGGUACUGAGAUGCCUCACUUGGAAUAACAACAUAAAACUUUAAAAAAAACCGCCGUACUUUUCUGAUGCCGGAUGGUAGAUUGACAGUAGAAGUUUCUUAUUUUUCACAUCUCCCGGUGAUGCUUGCAGAUUUUAUUUAAGUACAUAGGACAUAUUAAAAAACGGUCACCUUGGCAAUUACAAACACGCAGUAACACAUCCAAUAUGUAGUGUCGAUUCAAUAACUUUCGCUUUCGUUUUAUUCUUCAAAACCAUCAUUAUAUGUUAGAAAUGGAUUUUUUGGGACUCUGAGUGGAAGGCGUGUCGACAGUUUGGGCAGCAUUUCCGGAGCUAGAAACUGCAAACGCCGUUUCCAUUGUAUUUUCGCAUGACUGACCGUCAACUCGGCGUGAAGGGGUUUCCUGAACAAUAACGUUGACGCAUGCGUACGCAAAUAUUUAUACGGUGCUUAUGGCGUUGUGUCGAUCAAACCGUAUUGACACGAGCAAGAUCAAAUUUCAGUAAUAAGAGAGUUGUAAAGGAAAUGGCCCUGGAUGUGGCUGUAUGGUGCAAACAGCUCGAAGUUGUUGUUCUGCUUCUAGUCUGUCUGUGCAGUCCGGUAUUUUUGUGCCCGUCAGGCUGCGAGUGCGGACGAGAAAAUCAAAUGAUCUUCGCGGAAUGCUACGAUCUAAAUAGCAUGACGAGCAUUCCUGCCGGCAUCCCAACAGAUACCACCACACUGAUAUUAUUCAACACUCGGAUCUCAAAGAUUCCGCAGAAUGCCUUUCAAGGAUUGUCUAAUCUGAAUGCAAUAAGCAUACAGUCCAAUCCCUUAACAAGCAUAGAUGGAAAUGCUUUUCAAGGGCUAACAAAGCUCAAAGAAUUAUCGUUGAAUAGGAACAAUGUAACUAUUCUCUCGAAAGAUUCCUUCAAAGGGCUAACACAAAUAACAAGAAUAGAUCUAUCCAGCAACAACUUGCAGAUACUUCCUGAUGGAUUAUAUGAAAACACAGUCAACCUCGGAAAAUUAUACCUUGAUGACAACAAAUUUACUUCAAUAUCUUCAAAUCUCCUAAGAGGGCUUGGCAGAUUGACUUAUCUGUCAUUAGCUGAAAACCAGAUUUCCAGCAUCGACAGAGAAGCGUUCGCUUCCAUGGCUUCAAGUCUAAAUACUUUAAAGUUGGACAACAAUCGUCUAAGUGAAUUUCCAGUGGAACCACUCGAGAAUUUCACUGCAUUAAAUGAGUUGCUCUUGGAGAACAACCAUUUCACUACCAUCCCGGUGGAGGCCAAGCAAAUUUUCGACAAAAUAGCAGAGCAAAACGGUGUCAUCUGGAUUUCUAAUAAUCCUUUGGUGUGCACCAAGGAACUUGAAUGGCUACAAACUUGGUUGAAGCUUCACGCGAUAAUUAUGGGGGGACUGGACGGAGUCACGUGCCGAACGCCCUUCGGCAACUUGAGUAAAGUGUUUGAUUUUGACUUCAGUCUUUUGGAUUAUUGGCCGAUACCCGGGGACAUCGAUGUAACACCUUCACCUACAGCUUCAUCUGAUUCCUCGACUAUAAUCGCGUCCUCAGCAGCACCAGUUGAGACCCUCGCUACGUCAUCAUCUACAUCAUCAACAACGACCACCUCCACGUCAUCAACGGCACCAACUACGUCAUUAGCUACGCCAUCAACUCCGAUUGUACCAACGUCAUCAAUGACAACGGCUACAAGGGAUACGUCUUCAGUGACAACUAUGACUAAGUCAUCAACUGUGAUCGCCGUUACUUUGUCUUCUACGUCACAUUCCUCACCUUCAUUAUCAGUGACGACAAAUCCUCCGGAAGAAAAGACAGUCACGUCGGCAGCAACUGAUGAAGCAACUGCUAUUUCUACACCUUUGACCUCGACAGCAAAGGAAACUGAGACGACUGGAGAGGAGACCGUGACUCCUGGAUCAAAGAUUGCUGUUUCCACAAAGUCAAUUGAACAAGAGAGUGGAUCAGAAAAGAAGUUUCUCACAAGAAAUCAAGAGGUUAUUCUGUCCGCCUCUGCGGCUGGGGUUUUUCUGAUUGUGGUAGUUGCUGUUGCGUUGUAUUUCUUCAGGAAGAAAGUGUUGUUACGACAGAAAGCUUACGGCAAUGGGAAGCUUCCAGGAGCGAUGUACGAUCGAGUCCAUGCUGUGUAGCCUUUAAUGGGAGAGAUGAUACUUAAUGAAUCGUUCAGUGAUGAGCGCAAGGUUCAUACGCGGCAGAAGGAAUUCCACUGAAUUAAAGAAACCAAUCAUCUCAGCGGCUGAACACCGGCGUGUCCAAGGAAUAACAGGGUCUGCAGCCGAGAAAAAUCUUUUGAAGUCGUCCGUACACCUAUGAAGAACAGAUUAUCGAAUUGAUAAAGAAACGUUCAUUCAGUGAAUUCAAGGAAAAAGAUUAUGUUCCCAGAUCAGAGUUGACAAAGGUUAAAAACGCUAUUUAUUGUAAAAAGACAGAAAACCAGCGUGGUAGUGGAUAGACGAAAAUACCCACAACAGAACAUGUUUUAACCACUUCCAAUUUCAUUUGAGUCAUGUUCAUCAUAGUUACUGCGUGUGGUUCAAUUUCCUUAUUUAUAUGGUUUUUACCCGAGAGAAUGUUUUAGAGAUGCUACGAUAAGGUUUUUAGAAGUAAAGACUGUAUGUUAUACAUACUUAAUUAAAAUCGCAAAUUAAAGCGACCCUUACAGGGCUAA